AUGGUGUUACUGGCAACAAGAUUUAUUGAUAGGGUGUCGCAGGGUCUUUCGUUCGAAGAAGCCCGGAACAGACUAGAUGCUGAUAUCGAAGCGAACAGCUCAGGGCUUAGAAGAUCAAUCCAAGACUCUUUGAAUAGCAGCUUUCCUAUUGAAGAGGAAGAAGCAAUUGCAGUGAGACCACCUACUUCUGCAACCUUGGAUCCAUCGCCUGUCCGACAACCUUCACCACCCUCACCAUUAUCCUUUGUACCCGCAAGCCCAAUUAUAUGUCCAACACCUAUUUCACCUCCGCUGUCGUCUGUAAGUCCACCACCAGUGCAAGCGCCCCCAGUGCAAACACCACCUGUUCCUCAGCAGCCCCAGGCUCAGAGGAAACCCUGGGAGGCGAAGCACGAGGCUUGCACUUUUAAUAGAAUCAAGCAAAGAGUUCUUGAAAAUGGAUCCUCCAUUCAGUAUUUCAAAAAGACCGAGGUACUCCCAGAAAUAUCCAGCUUAAAUUUUCAAGAUCCUUCUGCAACAACCCAAAGAGACCACGAUUUUCAUUUAA